AUGUCAACACUUGAGGAAUUAGACGCGUUGAAUCGCUCACAGCAAGCAGAUUCCAGCCAUGAUGAUUCCAUGGAUGGAAUUGAGCAAGAAAUUCUAAACGCCAAUUCUGAUGAACUUAGCAGUCGGACAAGACUCUUAGAAAAUGACAUUAAAGUUAUGAAAUCUGAGUAUCAAAGAUUAACACACGAAAAAAGCACGAUGGUCGAAAAAACCAAAGAAAACCAAGAAAAAGUCGCGAAUAACAAGAUGCUUCCGUAUUUGGUUGGUAACGUAGUAGAAAUUUUGGACAUGCCAUCCGAAGAAGAAGAGGUACAAGAAUCAGCAAAUCAAAACUUAGAGACCCGCGUUGGCAAGUCUGCUGUCAUCAAAACAUCAACACGUCAAACGAUCUUCCUUCCCUUGAUCGGUCUUGUUGAGCCCGAAGAACUUCAUCCUGGUGACUUGAUAGGUGUAAAUAAGGAUUCCUACUUAAUUAUUGACAAGUUGCCCUCGGAAUAUGAUAGUCGUGUGAAAGCUAUGGAAGUUGACGAAAGACCUACUGAACGUUACUCCGAUAUUGGUGGUUUAUCAAAACAGAUUGAAGAGUUGUUUGAAGCAAUUGUUUUGCCUAUGCAACAAUUCGACAAGUUUCAAAAUUUGGGUAUUAAGCCUCCCAAGGGAUGUUUGAUGUACGGUCCUCCAGGUACAGGUAAAACCUUACUUGCCCGUGCUUGUGCUGCUCAGUCCAAUGCAACCUUCUUAAAAUUGGCUGCUCCACAGCUCGUCCAAAUGUUUAUUGGUGAUGGUGCAAAGUUAGUUCGUGAUGCGUUCGCUUUGGCUAAAGAAAAAAGUCCAGCUAUUAUAUUUAUUGAUGAAUUAGAUGCCAUUGGUACGAAGCGUUUCGACUCCGAAAAAGCAGGUGAUCGUGAAGUUCAAAGAACCAUGUUGGAGCUUUUGAAUCAACUCGAUGGUUUCAGUAGCGAUGACCGUGUCAAAGUGGUUGCUGCAACCAACCGUGUUGAUACCUUAGAUCCUGCUUUGUUACGAUCGGGUCGUUUAGAUCGUAAGCUCGAAUUCCCACUUCCAAACGAAGAAGCCCGUGUUGGCAUUUUGCGUAUCCAUUCUCGUAAAAUGGCAAUUGCUGACGAUAUUAAUUGGGAAGAAUUGGCUAGAAGCACUGAUGAAUACAACGGUGCUAUGUUAAAGAGUGUCUGUGUAGAAGCCGGUAUGAUUGCUCUUCGACAAGGAGAUACCAAAAUCACUCAUGAACAUUUUAUGGACGGCAUUUUGGAAGUGCAAAUGCGUAAGUCAAAGACUUUACAAUACUUUGCAUAA